GACAGCCUGUCUGACCGCACCCCAUUUGUGAUUGUACAUGAAGAGCUCAUUGCUUGGCCCGCGGAGCAUUGAGAUCAAGCAGCUUGAAGAAGCGAGCAUCGCUGGAGGUCUGCUUAUCAGCCCAUCCGGACCAUGUCGUAUUACUUUUGCAUCGUCGGCACGCGCGACAACCCCUUAUACGAGGCGGACUUAGCUGCUCGCUCGACUGCCUCGCUCGGGCCGUCGUCCUUCUUCAGCUCGAGUUCUAGCACAGGUCCAUCAUCCGCCGGACCAGGUUCGGGUUUCAGCCUGCGCAGUACCUCACCUGCGCCGUCUGCUUCGAGCUUCGUUUCGUCCAACCCAUCUAGCAGUAGUGUCAGCGCUGGCACGGGCGGUGCGGACGGUGCGUCUCGGAGCAGUCUCGAGAGCGCCUCCACUGCGCCAACAGAUACGAAUAGCGCAGCAACUUCCUCGGGCGCCGCCCAGAGCUCUUCAUCAGGCAGCGUAUUCGGCUUUGGCAUAGCUCUUGGUGCGUUAGCGGGUGGGUUGAGCGGCCUGGCGGGAGCGUCAUCGCUGUCUGCGCGAGGAGGCGGUGCAGCAGGCUCCGGCGGCGGGCUGACUGGGCAAGGGCGAGGACUAGGUUUUGGGAGAUACAACGACAAGGAUGUCCUCCAGAUGGUCGCACUCUCAAGUUUAGAUGCUAUUGAAGACAUGCAGUUCUUCAACGGCGCCAUGUACAUGAAGAGCGUAGACCGGAUAAACGAGUGGACGACAUCUGCUUUCCUAGUACCCGGGAACGUCAAGUUUCUGAUUCUGCACGAGCACAAGCACGAAGACGGCAUCCGGAAUUUCUUCAUCGACGUCUGGGAGCUCUGGGUCAAGAUCACUAUGAAUCCAUUCCGAGAUAUUAACGAUCCCAUCAGGAGCGCAACUUUCGAUCAAAAAGUGCGCGCAAGUGCGCGUCGGUAUUUGUAGCAUUAAUGAUGAGCACGGAUUAUAGGAAACGAGAGUAGCUAGGGUUUCCUCUCCGCAUCUAAUCGAGCUUUUUGAGUCGAAGUAGCAACUUCGAAACGGUUUCGCUUUUACUUGACGUUGACGAUGAUCUUGCUGGGCGCGCUGCCAGCCAUGAUGCGCUUGCAUGCUUUUUUAGCAUUAUCGAAGGCAAACUUACUACCGAACUGGCAAGUGACAAGACCGGUAUCGCUAUAAUUGCGUUUGAUUUCAGCCAGGCCUUCAAAGUGGGCUUCUCCGACGGAAGACUUAUGCGCCAUGCUGCCUAGUCACCAGGGCAAGGCGAUCGUGAUGACCAUGGGCAGGAAGGAUACGAUGGAUAAGAAAUUACAUUCGUGUCGCAUAUCGAAGGUGCCGAUGUUCAAGUAUUUUGGCCCUCGGCUUCUGAUAGGCCGGGGAUGCUCUGGCAACGUCAAACGAACCGAC